AUGAGUGCAAGAGAAUCAUUGAUGGAGAUGGGAUUCGCGCCUGAACGUAUUGAGUGGGCGCUCAGAUCCACGAAUGCGACACUGGAAGCGGCGUUGGAUCACAUCGAAAUGCAUCAGGACGAGCCUGUGCCUCCAGACGCCACGUCGCCCGUGGGCGACGAUGCUGAAUCGUCCGAGACCGCGGUCCCUCAGUCUAUUAAGUGCAAUGUGUGUAACAAGCAAUUCCGUGAUAUGGACCUGGCUAAAUAUCAUGCGGAUAAAUCAGGUCACGAGGACUUUAGCGAGAGUGCGGAGGCCAUCAAGCCACUCUCGCCGGAAGAGCGUGAAAAGCGUCUGGCUGAACUGCGUGAAAAAGCAGCAUUGCGCCGAUCUGCGCAAGAGGCAGAGUAUGCAAAAGACCAACGCGCGAAUGAAAUGAUCCGACGCAAGGCGGGGCAAGAAGCAGUUCAGGCUCGCGAGGAGCUUGAGCGCAAAGAACGUAUAAAGGAGGCUGAAAAGAAACGCCGUGAGCGUUUAGAGGAUGUACGUGCAACUAUACUCACAUCUAGAUGGCAGCGAAAGAGCGUGUUCGGCGCCAAAUUGAGGAAGACAAGCAGCGCCGGGCCGAAAAGGCUGCGCGCGAAAAAGAGCUGCGUCAAGGCAUUCAGAAGCCAGCCGCACCAGCCGUGCCAUUGGCUGCACAGCUUCCUAAAGUCAGUGGUCACGGAACCGAGACACGACUGCGCGUGCGCGCACCGGGGGGUAUAUGGAUGGGCACGCUGA